UGGAGAGGAAACCGCCCACUGGACCCACAGUCCAAGGGCAGGCGGUAGGUCAGGAGCUUCUUGGAGCCAGCGUUAGAGCCUGUCGCCAAUCCUGCAGGAACGGUGAGCACAAGGGAAAAGGAACCAGCCCGGAGCAGGACCUGUGGGGAACAGGAAGAGCUCUGCCUGUGUGAAGCUGGCUGAGUGAGCAGCUGCAUUCUAGUAGGGGGAGAACACAGUUACCUGUAGGAACCAGGUGGGCGACCUGAAGAGGUAGAAUUUGAAAUGGACGUUGAAGCACAGACAGGACUCAGGCAGAAAUGUGCGGUGGGAUGAAUGGUCCUAGGAAUGAAUGCACAAGGGAAUCAUGAGAGGACAGAAGACAGCAAGAGAUGAAGAAAACGCCUAUGGUAAGGACAUGCCUCACAACGCGUGUUUGCCCCCAGGUUUAGAAGCCCGCGAGUCUGCCCUGCAGGAGCCCAGGCUGCGGCUCCUCCUGGCCGGGAGGUCAGGGACUGGGAAAAGCGCCACGGGAAACAGCAUCCUGGGCCAGAAGCGCUUCAUCUCCAGGCUCGGGGCGACGUCGGUGACCCGGACCUGCGCCACGGGCAGCUGCAGGUGGGCCAAGUGGGACGUGGAAAUCAUUGACACCCCGGACCUCUUCAGCUCCGAAGUCUCCCAGACAGACCCGGGCUGCACGGAGAGAGGCCGCUGCUACCUGCUCUCGGCGCCGGGGCCCCACGCCCUGCUCCUGGUGACCCAGCUGGGCCGCUUCACGGCCCAGGACCAGCAGGCCUGGAGGGGGGUGAAGGCGCUGUUCGGGGACGGCAUCGUGACGCGCACCAUCGUGGUCUUCACCCGCGAGGAAGACCUGGCUGGGGGCUCGCUGCAGCAUUACGUGCGCGACACCGAGAACCGCGCGCUCAGGGAGCUGGUGGCCCAGUGUGGGGACCGAUUCUGCGCCUUCGACAACCGAGCCGCCGGCGGGAAGCGGGAGGCGCAGGUGAUGGCGCUGAUGGGGCUGGUGGAGGAGCUGGUGAGGCACCACGGCGGCGCCCCCUACACCAACGACCUGUACAGCCUGGCGCAGGCCCUGGGGGGCGCGGACCCCAAGGAGAGGCUGCGCAGGGUGGCGGAGCGAGUGGCCUUCUGCGCGCAGAGGCGGCGGGAGCGCUGGCCGCUGACCUGGCUGUGGCGGUGGCCCAAGGCGCGGGGGACCUGGCGUAAGCUGGGCGUGUGCACCCUAAUGGGCGCCCUGGUCCUGCUCUGCCUGCUCUACAGGCACCGGCCAGAGGCCGUGACAGGGUGAUAUUCAGUCUUGCAGGUAACCUGGCAAGAAAGGAACUGAACACUUGGGUCUGAAGGGGGAUUUCAAAGGAAUCAGAGUUUUCAAGAGUUUCAUAUUUCCUCCAGUAAACAGUUUUAAAAUAAAGUUGUGCAAUUUUAAAACGUC